AAACUUGUCUUCAUCGCUUUGCUCCUGCUCUUCACUUACGCCUUCCUGUGAAAAGAAAAUCUGGUAUUAAGUUUUACUUACCGGCUGGUAACAUCCGUCAGAAAACGAACAAUGAUAAAACUAAAAGCAGCGUUUGCAAGAUUGACAGCCAGGCGGCUUUCAUGGAAGACGACAUAAAACGGAUAUUUACCGGCGGGAAGAUGAACGAAUUUGCUGUCCUCCACACGGGCCGCAAGAUGCCCCUCAUUGGACUGGGCACCUGGAAGAGCUCGCCUGGACAGGUGAAAGAGGUGGUCAAGUGCGCCCUGGAGGCAGGCUACCGCCACAUUGACUGCGCUGCCGUCUACGGCAACGAGGCCGAGAUUGGACAAGCGUUCGCCGAGAGCUUUGCGCAGCCCCAUGGCGUGCGGCGGGAGGACGUCUUUGUCACGUCCAAAUUGUGGAACACGUGCCACCACCCCGAGGACGUGGAGCCCGCCCUUCAGCGAACGCUGCGUGACCUUCAACUUGACUACUUGGACCUCUACCUCAUCCACUGGCCCAUGGCCUUCCGGCGCGGGGAGGAGGCGUUCCCCAAGGCGGGCAGUGGCUCGCUGCUGUACGACGCGGUGGACUACUGCGCCACUUGGGGCGCCAUGGAGCAGCUGCUCCGCAAAGGCCUGCUGCGUCACAUCGGCCUGUCCAACUUCAACAAGCGUCAGCUGGACCACGUGCUGGCUGCCGCCCACGUCAAGCCCGCCGUCGUGCAGGUGGAGAGCCACCCGUACCUGGCGCAGACAGAGUUGCUGGCGCACUGUCGGUCGCUGGGCGUGGUAAUGACAGCCUACAGCCCGCUGGGUUCCCCCGACCGUGCCUGGAAGCGCCCCGACGAGCUCACACUCAUGGACGAGCCCGUCCUGGCCACCCUGGCUGCAAAAUACUGCAAGUCGCCCGCUCAGAUCCUGCUCAGGUGGCAGACUCAACGCGGCGUCGUGGCCGUUCCCAAGAGCGUCACGCCCUCACGCAUCCGAGAGAACUUGCAAGUGUUUGACUUCACCUUGUCAGAGGAGGAGAUGACCAGCUUGGCGGCGCUCAACAAAAACUGGCGUUACAUCCUACCCGUCAUUGAACGCACUUUGGCCAUCAGGUGGCGCCGCCAACAUUUGCUGCUAAAACCAAGUCAACAACCAUGUUGAUAAAACUUUGAUGCCACGUUGGUGGUGUUCAGGUGGACGGGAAGCUGGUCCCCCGGGACGCAGGGCAUCCCCAUUACCCCUUCAGCGACCCCUACUGACAGCAUGAGGCACGUGCUUUCAUCGAGUUGCGCCUCAACCGAAACUUUUUUUUUUUUUUUAAAUAAACACAUUCCGUGUCUGA